GGGGUUUUGACUCCAUAGAUACCAGAUAACUUUAUAUAAACAACUGUGGCACGUAUUCGUCUCUAGGACCUACAGAGGAAUUCGUAGCAAUAACAAUUUCCCUGUCGCAUUUCAAUUCAUCUCACAUGGACGCAAAACCAGGGCCAGGAAGAAGUUGGACCGAGUAUAAAACGCGCAAGCCGCACAGAAAGUCUAGGAACGGCUGUACAAAAUGCAAAAAGCGAAGGAUCAAGUGUGAUGAGCUCAUGCCGCGGUGCUCAAGAUGCAAUAAGAUGAACCUGAGCUGCCAAUAUCUUAAAAGACCUUUGGGACCCCUGAACUUCGAGGAUUAUUGGAGAGGGUCAAGAAACCCACUGCUUCUGAAGCCUGAGGUAUUCCGAACAGACCCUAAAAAGGGCGAUUCUGAACGUCCUGGGGGCUCGUUCACGGUUGACGGCUGCCCUUUCCCAUCAGCAUUGAGCGUUCCUCCCGCUCGGUUGCUAGAUAGAAAGCUCGAUUCAUCUAUGCGAUCACAUGUAGCACGAAUGCUCACACCCACAGAAUUUGAGCUAUUUGAACACUAUAUCGAGCACACUAGCAGGGACCUGACAGUUGACGACGACGAACAACAUACUCUCCAAAUCGGAAUUCCGAAUUUAGCUUGCGAGAGUAGACCUCUUAUGAAAUCUGUGCUAGCAAUAGCGGCAGUUUGUAAGUGCUACGAUAUAAUUAGCCAGCCACCAGUAUCCCAUGAAGGGCGCGGGCAAGUUCUUCAGCUUCUAUCGCUUGCGCAUCAAUAUCAUAUGGAUUCGCUGCGGGAAAUUCAAGCUUCACUCCCAGAGACCAAGCACUAUGACUAUGUUCUUGCAAAUGCAGCUAUGAUGGGAAUGUACGGCUCGGGCAGCCAUUGCGCUCGCAUCUGGCUAGCAACAACGGCAACCUUCAGCAACCAAUCUCCCGUUGGUUUGAUGCCCAAACAUUCUCAGUGGAUUAGACUCUUUCGUGCUGUUCAUCUAGCUUAUGCUGGGAUUCUAUACAAUACUCAGGGGGUAAACGACACGAUUCAGCCUAGCCUGUACCGACAUGCCGUUGACCCCACUGCUAUGCAAUACGAAUACAAAGGCUCAGCUCUUGUUGAGCAGCAGAGAAAUCCUAUAGACCAUGUUUUAUACCCUAUACUAGCUGCUACGGUAGGUUCGGCAGUUUCAAAACUCCAUAAAAAGGCCAGGGAGACAGCUAUUGUUCAAGCAAGCAACCAAAAAGAUGGCUGUCACAACUCGUCAUCAACUUCUUGCAACGACCUCGAGUUCGAUGCUUGUUUUACUGCCUUGGCCAUCUUCGAUAACAUUGUCAUUGAGACCUUCACUGACAACUUCUCAGCUGCAAGCACCCCGGAUUACGGCAAUCUGGCCCCCGAGGUUGAUAUCGAUCCGGUAGGACAGCUUUCGGAAGUUUCACCUUGGUUGCGGAAAUACACAGCUAGCAUCACAUCCAUGAUACCCUCAAAGCUUCCUCGUAGAAUCAUCAUGGCCUUCAUCCACAAAGUUCCUACCAGAUAUUUAACAUUGGUUGAAGAGACGAUUAGCCUCAUCCAGACUGAGUCGCCAGUCGAUGAGCAGAUAGCUUGGGAUUCUUCGACAUUUAUGACGGCGAACCCUAGUAUAUCACACCUGCUAGCCAUAGAUAUAUUUGCCCACUGGCUUGUCCUGGUCAUACUGUUAGACAACGUAUGGUGGAUUGGUGGCAUCGGGGUUUGGGAGCUCAUGCGUGUUGUCCCUUUGAAAAAAUAUAUGCAACGACGCAUGUUCAUGUGGGAAAAGAACGAAGAUUGGUGGCCAGAAAGCAUGUUAGAAGUUAGUCGACAUUUAGAGAAGCAUAGAACUCAGGGGUGA